CCCCAGCAAUCCAAUCUUGCAUUCUGCGCCAUUUCCAGCAUCAAAUCCUCUCCUCUGCAAGUUUCUGCCUCCCCCACAUCAGUCAGCAACCAUGUCUGGACGUGGCAAGGCCUCAGGCAAGAAGGCCGUGAGCCGGUCCGCCAAGGCGGGGCUCCAGUUCCCUGUGGGGAGGAUCGCACGGUACCUCAAGGCCGGCAAGUAUGCGACGAGGGUCGGAGCCGGCGCUCCCGUCUACCUGGCUGCAGUCCUGGAGUACCUCGCUGCUGAGGUGCUCGAGCUGGCUGGCAAUGCCUCCAGGGACAACAAGAAGACCAGGAUUGUCCCCAGGCACAUCCAGCUUGCGGUCAGGAACGACGAGGAGCUGAGCAAGCUGCUGGGGAAUGUCACCAUCGCAGCGGGUGGAGUGCUCCCCAACAUCCACAGCGUGCUUCUGCCUAAGAAGACCGGCAAGGCCGCCUCCCAGUCGCAGGACGUCUCAGGUGUAGAAAUAGCACCGCUGCCAGUCAUUCUCAAGACAGUCUCAUCAAGUAAUUAA